UUGCUGGUGGUUGGAGUCAAGGUUUUGCUCUGAGACCACUGUAAUUUAGAUGAAGUGGCAGAAUGCUAUUGAUGUGUUGCAUACCCACACUUUUGUUAUCACUUAGUUGCUCCAACUCUGUUUGCUUUGGUACUGGCUUUAGGGCACCUGUUGCCUGCAAAUAAACAAAGAAGCAAACCUCAUGGAUCCAGAAUUCCAGCAGAAACUAGAGGAUGAGAAGGAACUAAUUCGUCGAGCUAUCCAGAAGGAACUAAAGAUCAAAGAGGGGGCAGAAAACCUACGCAAGGUGACAACAGAUAAAAAGAACCUGGUGCAUAUAGAGCAUGUGCUGAAAUCUUCCAACAGGAAACUGGAGCAGCUGCACUGGGAUCUCCAGGAGCUUACUGCCCAGUUUGUAGUAACAGAGAAAGGUGAGAGCAAAAGAGAUGGUUCCAUGAACCUUGACCGUUGUCUCUGGGAAAGGAACCCAAACCCGGUGGCAAGGAGGAUAGAGGCUCUGAGAAAGCAGCUGCACAUUGAGAUGAAGGUGAAACAGGGAGCUGAGAACAUGAUUCAGAUGUAUUCAAAUGCAACAUCAAAGGACCGGAAGCUGCUGGCAACAGCUCAGCAAAUGCUCCAGGACAGUAAGACGAAGAUUGAGCUGAUUCGCAUGCAGAUUGUGAAAGUAUCUCAGUUGGCAGGUGGAAUAGAGUAUGCAAUGGAUCCAGCAGUGAAGGUGGGAGCCACCAUCAGUCUCCAGGAGCUACGCAUUGAAGAACUGCGGCAUCACCUAUGCAUUGAAGCUGCUGUAGCUGAGGGAGCAAAAAAUGUGGUGAAGAUCCUAGGAGGCAGGCGGGUGCAGGAUCGCAAAGUGUUGGCUGAAGCUCAGAGUCGCUUGCAAGAAUCAUCUCAGAAGAUUGAUUUGCUGCGCUUGGCCCUGGAGCAGCAGCUUAACGAGCUUUCUCCUGAUCACCCAAAGUGGGCACUCAUCAAGCAGGAGCUAGUGAAUGCUUCCUCUCAGGGAGCUCAGCAUGUUGCCAUUCAGCCCUUUACUUCAUUGAUCAAACCCACAGCUCUCACAGGCUCAUUAGAAGUAAGACUGUUGGGGUGUCAGGAUCUGUUGGAAAAGGUUCCAGGACGUUCCCGAGUGAUUGGUUCAUCUCCCAACCAUGAAAGCCCAAGUGACAUGAAGUCCCUGACUCGAGCCCGAGCCGGGAUGAGUAUUCAUAGCCGCAGUACUGCAACAAAGCACUUGAGGAAUGAGGAACUGUGUAAUGAGGUGCUUGCUGUACUCAAAGUGGACAAUAAAGUGGUUGGUCAGACAAACUGGGGCCCAGUUAAUAACCAGGCUUGGAACCAAAGCUUUGUCAUUGAGCUGGAUCGGUCCCGGGAACUGGAGAUUGCAGUCUAUUGGCGUGACUGGAGAGAGCUGUGUGCAGUGAAGUUCUUGCGCUUAGAUGACUUUCUUGAUAAUGAACGUCAUGGGAUGUGCCUCUCUCUUGAACCCCAGGGGACGCUUUUUGCUGAGGUGACCUUCUGUAACCCUGUGAUUGAGAGACGAUCCAAACUGCAGCGCCAAAAACGUAUUUUCCCCAAACAGAAAGGAAUGCAGUUUCUCCGAGCCUCUCAAAUGAACAUAAACAUUGCUACCUGGGGACGUCUGAUGAUGAGCAUCCUCCCGCCAUGUAGUUCCAUGAGCACUCUAAGCCCCACACUUGGUAGUCCUAUUAAUUCAGAUUUUACCUCUCCAGCACUGCUGCAAACUGAUUCAGUGUUCAUGUUGGACAGUGACUAUCCAGUGGUUAAACUGACAUUUAGUGAGGAACCGCCCCCUAAGCCUCCACGGCUUUUUUUGACAGCAGAUUCCAAAGAGAUUUCUCCAUCUCCUGAAGAUUCUCCGUGUGUGAAGAGGCUCCAUGUGGAAGAGAAGACAUGCAGCUCUGCUGUAAGAGAAGCACCAAACUGGGCUUCUCAGAGGAAGAGGGCUGUUCAACUUCAGGAUUUUCGCUGCAUUGCUGUGCUGGGACGAGGGCACUUUGGGAAGGUGCUGCUAGGUCAAUAUAAGGCAACAGGGAAGUUGUAUGCUAUCAAAGCCAUAAAGAAACAAGACAUUGUUAGCCAAGAUGAAAUUGAUAGCUUGUACUGCGAGAAGCGAAUAUUUGAAGUGAUCAAUUCUUCUAGCCACCCAUUCGUGGUGAACAUGUUUGCAUGUUUCCAGACACCAGAUCACGCAUGUUUUGUGAUGGAAUAUGUCCCUGGUGGUGAUCUCAUGAUGCACAUUCAUUCUGAUGUCUUUCCAGAACAUGUGGUGCAGUUCUACACGGCCUGCGUAGUGCUGGGACUCCAGUUCUUACAUGAGAACAAAAUUAUUUACAGGGAUCUGAAGUUGGAUAACUUGCUCUUAGAUGCUGAGGGCUUUGUGAAAAUUGCAGAUUUUGGGCUGUGUAAGGAAGGCAUGGGUUUUGGGGACUGCACUAAGACUUUCUGUGGCACCCCUGAAUUUCUGGCUCCAGAAGUCUUGACAGACACCUCAUACACCCGGGUAGUGGACUGGUGGGGGCUAGGUGUGCUCAUUUUCGAGAUGCUUAUUGGUGAGUCUCCAUUCCCUGGAGAUAAUGAAGAGGAGGUCUUUGACAGCAUUGUCAAUGAAGAGGUCCGCUAUCCGCAAUUCCUUUCUUCUGAGGCACGAUCCAUACUCCACAAGCUUCUCCAGAAAUGUCCAGAACGUCGCCUUGGGGCAGGAGAAAGGGAUGCAGAGGAGAUUAAAACUCAGCCCUUUUUCAGGGUGAUUGACUGGGAUGCUUUGUUUGCCAGAGAACUGAAGCCCCCUUUUGUGCCUUCCUUAAAAGCUCCCACUGACAUUAGCAACUUUGAUGAAGAGUUUACCUCCCAGAAGCCAAUCCUGACUCCUCCAGAUGAGAUUCCUGUCCUCUCCUCUGAGGAACAAGCUGCCUUUAAGGACUUUGACUUUGUCUCCAGACACCUUCUGGAAGUCUGAUUGCAAUCCUGUAAGCCAUGGAUGAUUUAGACCCUGAGAGAUCCUAGAGGGACUUGACACUGACUAUGGAAGGUCAGCUUAAUAAUGGACAUACGAUUAUUCAUUGCUCUGGUAGUAUUACAUAUUUUAGAAAGCAUAUUCUGCAAGCUGGUUGCUCUACUAUAUUGUGCACAUGGUAGUAGGGAGAGAACUACGGGAUGUGAUUUUUAGGAAAGUUCAAGCUUGCUAGCUGCGUUUUUAAAAAAGUACCUGGCUGUACUCGGGCCACCAUUAGAUAUUGGUGGGCACUCACAAUUUAAACAGAAUUUAAUUUAGCAAUGUAUCUGAAUGAAAUAGAGCCUUCCCUCCUCCCCGGACAAACUCCUCCUACCUCUGUAGUGGGAUCUUGCAGGCUGCUUAGCUUUCUCAGCACCAGAACAGCAGCAAAAGAACUGGCACACUAUGGGUAUGUCUGAACUACAUCCCUCUUUCGAAAGAGGGAUGUAAAUUAGACAUACCGAAAUUGC